AAUGUCACUAAAAUGUGAGAUUUGCAAAUAUAUUCUCCAAGAUAAAUAUGCAUAUCAAAAUCAUCUACGAGACAAAACACAUUUGAAAAAUGCUGAACGACUGGAGUUCCCUGGUUUUCGUAAUCAGAGAUCAAUUUUUGUUUCAAAUUAUCCACGUUAUAUGUUUCCAGAAAAGCUUCUAGAUUUUUUUUCACAGUUUGAUCAAAUUGUAAGCUAUCGAAGGGGUCAUAAUUACUUGAUUAUUGAAUUUAGAAGAAUACAAACUGUAAACUAUCUAUUGACGGAAUCAAUAUACUUUAAUGGUAUCAAAUUAAAUAUUAUUCCUAAAAUUAAUAAUAUCGAAGUUUUAACAUUAAAUGAUAAAAUUAAUGCUACGAAAGAGGCUGUCAAUGAUACAGAAUAUUUAAAUUAUAAAAAUAUAAAAUCACUUUUUAAUGUACAAUCAACAUUCGACGAACAACUUUCAGCUUUUCUAGAUAAAAUUUCAUUACCUAUUUCUGAAAUCAAAACACGCUACGAGCCUAUAUGUGAAGCAUUAGACAAAAUUUUUCACACUGUUUUUCCAAAUUGUAAGACGCACAGAUUUGGAUCUACUGUGUCUAAUUUAGGAUUUAAAAAUUGUGAUUUGGAUCUGUUCUUGGAAAUUGUGAACGAAGAGAUUGGUGAAAAUGUAGGAUCUAACGUAUCGGCAACAAAAAUAUUUUCAAAAGUCAAAAAAAUUCUUUUUACAAAUCCAACUAUAUUUCAUAAAGUGUCGCCAAUUCCUAAAGCAAGAAUUCCAAUAAUUAAGUUUAUAUACAUACCAAAAAAUAUAUCAUGUGAUAUCUCUUUUAAAAAUAGUUUAGCUAUUUAUAAUAGCCGAUUAAUAAAGUUUUAUUUCAGUAUGAAUCCAUAUUUGAGACCUACGAUGAUGAUUUUAAAAUACUGGGUUCGUUACUGCGAACUGAAAAAAUAUAACACAUUUUCAAAUUACGCACUAACUCUAUUAUUCAUUUUUUAUCUUCAACAAUCAUCUGCAAACCUUAUACCUCCUGUAAUAGAAUUAAAAAAAAAAUGUGUUCCUAUAGUUGUUGAAGGCUGGCAAGUCAAUUUUGAUGAAACAUAUACAAAUAAACAAAAUAAUAAUACGAAGCACAUAAGUAUACCAGAAUUGUUGAAUGGAUUUUUCAAAUUCUAUGCACAUUUUAAUUUUGAAAAAAAUGUCGUUUGUUGCAUCGAUGGCUUAUCGCACGAGAAAUUAUUAUUAAGCGAACCAGAAAAUUUGCCAGAAUGUAUGGAUAGAUACAAAAUAUAUUUAAAGACAAAAAAUUCAAUAAAAUUAGCAGUAACAAAGCCAAUGUGCGUACAGGAUCCAAAUGAAUUGAACCACAAUAUUACUGGGAAUAUGACUGUACAAUAUAUUCAUAUUUUUCAAAAAUAUUGUUUGACAGCAAGUGAAAUUUGUGAAAAUGCAAACAAUAAUUAUUCAAAAUUACUUCCAUCAAUGUUUUCAUUAAUUCUCAAUGUGAUGAAGAAAAACAUAGGUUUUUAUGUUUGUAUUUCCUUUGAUUUAUUAGAUGUGAAGAAUCACAGAGACAUUAAAUUCCAUUUUAAUAUGGUGGAACAAGCGUUCAAAAAAGAAAACUGUCUGAGUAUAAUAUUCAAUUUAAUACGAAUAUAUUUUGAAAAUGUUCUUAAGCUUGAAGUUCAAAUUACAAGCGAAAAUGACGAAAUAAAUCAACAAGAAACUAACAAACAAUCAGAUGAUCAUUCGAAAAGUAAAAUUACAAUGCACUGUACAGGAAAAUAUGCUUUAUGGAGAAAUCGCAAAAACAAUAUUUUUUAUCCAAGUAUGACUUUACUUGAAAAGGAGAUUAUAAUUACGAAUAAUAUAUUUGAAAAUUUAUAUUCCAAAGACUCACCACCUAGAGUAGACAUUAAUUUCGAAUGCCAUGUUAUAAAGAAAAAAACGAAUUCAAUUUAUGUUCAUCUAGUAUUAACUAAAAAUGAUUGUACAAAACCAAUAUUAAUCGGUAUGAUCAAUUAUAUAAAUAAUAAAUUACCAUUUAUUUUAUAUAAGACAUUACAUUACAUACAGGAAUCGAUUAAAUAG